AUGACUGUGAUGACGCAGCUGUGGGGUCUUUUCUGCUCUAACCACACCUGCGACGAAUACUUCGAGCUCAACAACCUCACAGAGAUCAGAGCCAUUCCAGGUCUGCUCAGUGGAGUCAUCAAAGAUAACCUCUGGGGAGACUAUGGUCCAGCUGGCACGGUACUAGAGAAGAAAACACUGCUCUCUGCUCCAGUUAAAGACAUGUCCAAAGACAUUCACAAACCAUAUGUCUUCAACGACAUGACAACUUACUUCACUUUGCUGGUGGGAAUAUACUUUCCUUCAGUCACAGGAAUAAUGGCUGGAUCCAAUCGCUCAGGAGACCUGAGGGAUGCCCAAAGGUCGAUACCAGUUGGGACCAUUAUGGCCAUUUUAACAACCUCCUUCAUCUACAUUUCGUGUGUUGUGUUUUUCGGAGCAUGCGUUGAAGGGGUUGUUCUUAGAGACAAGUUUGGUGAUUCAAUAGGAAAAAUUCCAGUUAUUGGAAUCCUGGCCUGGCCCUCGCCUUGGGUUAUUGUGAUUGGUUCGUUUUUCUCAUGCUGCGGGGCAGGGCUUCAGAGUCUCACCGGGGCUCCUCGACUUCUACAGGCAAUCGCUCGGGAUGGCAUCAUACCUUUUUUACAAGUGUUUGGUCAUGGGAAAUCUAAUGGUGAACCAACCUGGGCUUUGCUGCUGACUGUUGGCAUCUGUGAGAUCGGAAUUCUCAUUGCAUCCCUCGAUGCGGUGGCUCCUAUCCUUUCCAUGUUCUUCCUGAUGUGUUAUCUGUUUGUGAAUCUGGCCUGUGCUGUUCAGACUUUACUGCGUACUCCAAACUGGAGGCCGCGCUUCAAGUUCUACCACUGGACCUUGUCUUUCUUGGGAAUGAGUCUGUGUCUCUCACUCAUGUUUGUUUCUUCCUGGUACUAUGCUCUGGUGGCCAUGGUCAUUGCUGGUUGUAUAUACAAGUACAUAGAAUAUAGAGGGGCAGAGAAAGAAUGGGGAGAUGGUAUUAGAGGUCUGUCCCUGAAUGCAGCACGUUACGCUCUAAUUCGCCUGGAGGAGGCACCACUACACACAAAAAAUUGGAGACCACAGCUCUUGGUGCUGUGUAAGCCAGACUCUGAUCUAUCAGUGAAACAUCCUCGGCUCCUCUCGUUCACGUCACAGCUCAAAGCAGGAAAAGGCCUGACCAUCGUCUGCUCUAUGCUACAGGGAACCUUCAUGACCAGAGGGCAAGACGUCAAAACAGCAGAGAAAAGUCUGAAAGCUGCAAUGGUGGCAGAGAAAACCAAAGGUUUCCAUCAUGUAGUUGUGUCGUCAAACCUAAGGGAUGGGUUUUCUGUGCUAAUUCAGUCAGCUGGACUCGGAGGAAUGAAACAUAAUGCAGUUCUGAUGGCUUGGCCAGCAGGAUGGCAGCAGGCCAGGGAACCAGAAUCACGAAAAAACUUUAUAGAGACUGUGCGAGAGACAACCUCAGCACAGCAGGCCCUGCUGGUUGCUAAAAACAUCGACCAUUUCCCGGACAACAGCCAGCGCCUGAAGGAGGGCACUAUAGACGUAUGGUGGAUUGUACACGACGGAGGACUGCUCAUGCUGCUGCCAUUUCUAUUGCGACAACACAAGGUUUGGAGGAAGUGCAGAAUGAGAAUAUUCACCGUGGCCCAAAUGGACGAUAACUCAAUCAAAAUGAAGAAAGAUCUGCAGAUGUUUGUGUACCACCUACGGAUAGAUGCAGUAGUGGAGGUGGUGGAAAUGCAUGACAGUGACAUAUCUGCCUUCACUUAUGAGAAGACUCUAGUAAUGGAGCAGAGGUCACAGAUGUUAAAACAAAUGCAACUUUCCCGAACAGAAAGGGAGCGAGAGAUUCAGAGCAUCACAGAUGUCUCUCGGGGGUCCAUAAAGAGGAAGAAACCAUCAGCUUUUAAAGCCCCAUAUCUAAUCCAUCCAGUUACCAUCCUCUUUGUACCAGAGCAAGAGGCACAGUUGAUCCACGACCAAAACACUGCGUCUCAUUCUGACAAAACCACAAACACGGUGCCUCCAGAUCGAGUCCACAUGACCUGGACCAAAGACAAACUAAUCAGUGAACGAGCCAAGCACAAAGAGGGCAUGGCAGUGAAGGAUAUGUUCAGUAUGAGACCUGAAUGGGAGAAUCUAAACCAGUCAAAUGUACGGAGGAUGCACACUGCAGUAAAGCUCAAUGAGGUCGUGAAGAAGAAAUCGAAGGAAUCCCAGCUGGUCCUCCUCAACAUGCCAGGCCCCCCGAAGAACAUGAAAGGGGAUGAGAACUACAUGGAGUUCCUUGAGGUUCUCACAGAAGGCCUGGACAAAGUCUUGUUGGUGCGAGGAGGAGGCCGAGAAGUCAUUACUAUCUACUCAUAG